GAGUAAGACUGAUGAAUGGAAAGAAGCUCUGUCCUCAGACGCAAGCGUGUGCUUGUCUGGAGGCGUGAUUAGGUAAUACUCGGACGGAGUUUCCAUCCAGAUAUCGCCGACGGACUUCUCAGAGCUCCGCCGCCAUGCCCGUCAUCACUCUCCAAACUUCACAAUGGCGUCGCGCACCCGACUGGCAGCCUCCACGGCUUCCAGCUUACUACGAACCACACGGCCAACAACUUUCUCAAGGAUAACGCCGUGUGCUGCUGCUCUGAGCACCUCCUCUAUCCGCAGCUUCUCGCAGCUCAACUCGCAUUCCGCCACGAACCCUGCCAGCGUCUUCUCCUCACCUGGUGGCUCCCAAUCUGGACCUCCUACAUACUUCUCAUCACAUAAGCGCACUCCAACAAACACCGUCAUCCGGUUCGUACCACAGCAGACAGCAUGGAUCGUCGAGCGUAUGGGAAAGUUCAACCGCAUACUGGAGCCUGGUCUUGCUGUCCUGAUCCCGUUUAUCGACCGGAUAGCCUAUGUCAAGAGCUUGAAGGAGAAUGCCCUGGAGAUCCCUAGCCAGAGCGCCAUCACCGCGGACAACGUGACACUGGAGCUUGACGGUGUUCUGUACACGAGGGUGUUUGAUGCAUACAAGGCGAGCUACGGUGUCGAAGACGCCGAGUACGCCAUCUCCCAGCUCGCGCAGACGACCAUGCGAUCCGAAAUCGGUCAGCUCUCGCUCGACCACGUCCUGAAAGAGCGCGCCAACCUAAACGCAAACAUCACCGCCGCUAUCAACGAGGCAGCUCAAGACUGGGGCGUCACCUGCCUGCGAUACGAGAUCCGCGAUAUCCACGCACCAGAACCCGUCGUCGAAGCUAUGCACCGCCAGGUCACCGCCGAGCGCUCGAAGCGUGCUGAAAUCUUGGAGUCAGAAGGUCAGAGACAGUCUGCUAUCAACAUCGCCGAGGGAAAGAAGCAGUCGGUCAUUCUUGCAUCUGAGGCUUUGAGGGCAGAGCAGAUCAACUUGGCAAACGGAGAGGCUGAGGCUAUUCUGCUGAAGGCCCAGGCUACUGCAGGUGGUAUCGAUGCCGUUGCGCAGGCGAUCACAAAAGGAGAAGGCGCUGCACAGAACGCUGUCUCGCUCUCUGUUGCAGAGAAGUACGUCGACGCCUUCGCAAACCUGGCCAAGGAGGGCACAAGCGUUAUUGUUCCUGGCAACGUUGGGGACAUUGGCAGCAUGAUUGCCAGCGCCAUGGCAGUGUACGGCAAGGUCAAUGACGCGUCAGCCAAGAACAUGGCGACAAAGAUGGUACAAGGCGGAAGCCAAGAUACUCAAGCCAACAAGAGGAUCGCGGACUCUGGAAGCGAAAACAGAACUGGCGGGGUACAUGAAGAGAUCAACAAGAUCAUGGAUCAACGACUGAACAAGAAGUAAACGCACAGUACGAGCAAGACUAGAUCAGUUGCAUAACCAGGGAAGGAGAAUGGAGCAUCGGACAGGAUACGACAGGGUUGUACAUUAUGUCAUGCUGUAUCACUAGCGAGCGUCAUGUAAGCAUUGGGUUCAUGGGGUAUGAAAUGCAAAAGCAAGCGAUUUCACGGAUUCUCUUCUCUUUGCCGCAGGGAUUUGGCUGGAAGCCAGUGUCUUCUCAGCGAGUCUCCCCUCUUCUUGCGCAGAAACUCUACACUCGAACAAUAGUAGAGAAUAGACUACUUGGACAUCUCAUCACUACCAUGGAAUGUGGGAGGA